AUCAUGGACAGUCUGGAAAAGCAGCUCAUCUGUCCCAUCUGUCUGGAGAUGUUCACGAAGCCGGUGGUGAUCCUGCCCUGCCAACACAACCUGUGCAGGAAAUGUGCCAACGACGUGUUCCAGGCGUCUAACCCGUACCUGACAACCAGGAGUGGCUCUACCGUGGCGUCCGGCGGCCGUUUCCGCUGCCCAUCCUGCAGACAUGAGGUGGUGCUGGACCGCCACGGGGUCUACGGGCUGCAGCGCAACCUGCUGGUGGAGAACAUCAUCGACAUGUACAAGCAGGGGAGCAGCAGCCGGCCGGUCCCUGAAGUGAAGCCGGAUCAGCCGAUGUGUGAGACUCAUGAAGAGGAGAAGCUCAACAUCUACUGUGUGAGCUGCAGCGCCCCCACCUGCUCACUCUGCAAGGUGUUCGGAGACCACAGGGACUGUGAGGUCGCUCCUCUGGACCAGGUGUUCACCAAGCAGAAGGCUGAGCUGACUGACUGUAUCUCCAUGCUGGUGGGAAACAAUGAGAGGACUCAGGCCAUCAUCAGUCAGCUGGAGGAGACCUGCAGAGCUGUGGAUGAGAACGGUCGCCGGCAGAAGUCGAAGGUAUGUGAGGUGUUUGACCAUCUGUUUGCGGUGCUGGAGGAGAGGAAAGGGGAGCUGAGCCAGAGGAUCAGCUGUGAGCAGGAGGAGAAGCUUGACUACAUCAGAGGUCUGACGAGGAAGUACACGGAGCACCUGGAGGACACGGCCAAGCUGCUGGAGACCGCCAUCCAGACCAUGGACGAGUCCGAGAUGGCCGUGUUCCUGCAGACGACCAAACCUCUGCUGCAGAAGAUCGUAGCGGGCACCGACACAUCUCGUCUGGAUAAAGUCCAGCUCGGCUACGAGAACAUGGAUCACUACACGGCUAACUUCGAGUGCCAGCGGAGGGCGCUGCAGAGCGUCGACUUCAUCAAACUCGAUGAAGAUGAUGAUGAUGAUGACGAGUUCAUGGAGGUCAGAGGGACAACAACCAAUCAGCAGCCUGCUCCUGUUCAUCUCUCAGCCCCGCCCCCUCAGAGACCCUCAGAGGCCCCGCCCACCGUGACAUCAUCACCAAAAAGCCCCGCCCCAUCCUUAGCCACACAGGCCCCGCCCUCUCCGAGGGCAUCUGAGGCUCUGCCCACAAUGACCUUACUGACAAAAAGCUCCGCCCCCUCCUCCUCCUCCACACAGGCCACGCCCCCUGCGACCCUCCCCGCUGCAGGCUCCGCCCCCCAGUCUGAUCAGCAGACAGACGACGACAAAGACGGACCAAAACACGUCUUCUCCUUCAGCUGGCUCAACCAGAAGUGACCAGAUCAGGAUCAGUCCAGGUCCUGGACCAGGUCGGCUCACUCUGAGCCAGUCUUUCUGCCAGACUUCAGUAUUUUAUUUUAUAUUAUUUUUCAUGGUUUAUGUCACACAGAAUUGUUCCUGAAGCUGCAGAUGAAUUUAAUGUGAAAUAUUUAAACACUUUUUUUCU